UCCGCUCGUAGCCCGACGGAGGCGCCCGGUCUGUAGUGCGGCCGCCCGGCUCCACGCACCGACGGGGCGGGGGCUCCGGCGGGCAGCGGCCCUGCGGCACCUGCCGGCGGCGGCAGGAGGGAGGAGGAGGAGGAGGAGGACGAAGGCGGCGUCUCCCCGCCCGCGGCGGGCUCCCUCGGCAUGGCCCUGGCGGACAGCGCCCGCGGGCUGCCUAACGGCGGCGGCGUGUCGCCGGCGGCGGGGAGCGGGGCGACGGCAGCGGCGGCGGGCGGCUGGUCGGCCUUCCCCGAGAUCGUGGAGCUGAACGUGGGCGGGCAGGUGUACGUGACGCGGCGCUGCACCGUGGUCUCGGUGCGGGACUCGCUGCUCUGGCGCAUGUUCUCGCAGCAGCAGCCCAGCGAACUGCCCCGGGACAGCAAGGGCCGUUUCUUCCUCGACCGCGACGGCUUCCUCUUCCGCUACAUCCUGGACUACCUGCGGGACCUGCAGCUGGUGCUGCCCGAGCACUUCCCCGAGCGCAGCCGUCUGCAGCGCGAAGCCGAGUACUUCCAGCUGCCCGACCUGGCGCGCCGCCUGGCGCAGGCUCGGGCCGCCACCGCCGCCGCCCGCCCCGCCGCGCUGCACCGCGACGGCUCGCUCUGCGCCGACGAACCGCCGCUGCUCGGCUGCUUGGAGGCAGAGCCCGCGGAAGGAGGCGCCGCGGCGGCGUCCGCGCCGUCGCCCACCGCCAGCCGCAGCCCCUCGGGCGGGCCGCUGCUGACGCCCUCGCAGUCGCUGGACGGGGCGGGCGGGCGGCGCUCCGGCUACAUCACCAUCGGCUACCGCGGCUCCUACACCAUCGGGCGGGAGGCGCAGGCCGACGCCAAGUUCCGGAGGGUGGCGCGCAUCACCGUGUGCGGCAAGACCGCGCUGGCCAAGGAGGUCUUCGGGGAAACGCUGAACGAGAGCCGCGACCCCGACCGCCCCCCCGAGCGCUACACCGCCCGCUACUACCUCAAGUUCAACUUCCUCGAGCAAGCCUUCGACCGCCUCUCCGAGGCCGGCUUCCGCAUGGCCGCCUGCUCCUCCACCGGCACCUGCGCCUUCGGUCCCGAGCAGGGCGGUCCCGCCGACGACAAGAUCUGGACCAGCUACACCGAGUACGUCUUCUGCCGGGACUGAGCCCCGCCCGGCGGCGCGGGGCUGCGCGGCCCUCGCACCCGCGGGGCUCCCCCGCCGCCUCCCGCCUCGCCUCACCGCAGCGCGCGGCCCCGGAGGGCCCCGGGGGCGGGAGCCGCCGUGCUGCAGUCCGCUUUGGCUGCCGCGGCGCGGCCCGGCUGCCCUGUCCCCCGUCGUGCCCCCCGGUAGCUGUGUUGGGAGCGGGGAGGGAAGAGGUCACGGGUGUGAAUAAACACCCCGGCCAGGAAGGCGUGCGUGUGCCCAGCCCCUGCUUCUCCACGCGGUGCCGUCAGGUUGGGGUAUAGGGGCCAAAGAACUCUACCAGUUGCUUUUCAGUGAUUUCUGUUGAACUAGUAGGUGUCUUCUCCCAUCCCCAUACUCAGACUGAGAUUUUACGUCUUUGAGCAGGUUAUGGCAGUCCGUUUUCUGGCCCCUCCCAUGAAAGCGAUGCCAACCUGUGAAGGAUAGCCAUGUGGCGGUGAUGGCUGCCUGUCACACUGGCAUUGCUGCUUGUACUUAACCUGUAGAGAUGAAUAAUUUUGCAGGAAGUGAGCGUCUUUGUGACCAGAUUCAUCCGCGUCCAUCUGCCCUCCCUCAGCCUCUGAACUUGCCAGGCUGCGGAGCUGGGCCGAGGCCUGCGCAGCAGGAGAGCGAGGCUGCAGUGGAGCACUGUUCUUGGGAUAACCAUCGAACUGUAGUCUGCAGAAUCAAGGGACAGCCCUUUGGGAGCUUAAAAAGCUGUGUACAUUGUAACUUCCAUGGGUGGCAUGAAGUCCUUGUAAUUCUCUUGAAGUCUGCAAUAUGCAUAGAAAAUCCAGUGCAUAUUUCCUUAGCAUCCUCCAAAUGACUGAGGUGGGGUAACAGCCGGACUGCCAUGGUGAAGGUGGGGCCUACUUCCUGUUAUGGUGAAAUUGUGUGUGUAUGUUGAAUGGAAGCAGAUAGAUUUUUUAAGUGUAAUCAAGAGUACCUUGCUUAUUAUUUUGAGUUUUGUCAUCUAAGUGGUGUAAAAUUUUGAAGCCAAUGGAACUGAUGCUGAAGCAACAUUUUUAAGAAACAGUUUCUUGUUUUUCAUGUCAGUAUUACCUGUGACUGCUGAGAGCUAAGAAUCUCUCCUGCCACACAGCUCAUUCUUAGAAAGGAUUAAGCCCCAUCCUUACGAAAGCUAGGGCGGUGACAGUAUUCUUCAGGAGAAAUUGCCCUUUAAGAAAGUAAAGUUGUGUCAUGUUCAUGCUAUUUGGUAGUCUCUCUUGUAGAAGACAGCCACAGCUUGCUUUGCAACCUACAGCCUGAGAGUGGUUUGCACAGUAGGGAAAGUCAAGCAGUUCUAUCCAAUAAAUUCCUGAAGGUUUGAGUACAAAAGCACUUUAACACCUGAUUUUGAAGCCUGUGUUCUCUGUUCAGAUGGUGACAGAAAAAUAUCUUAAGUGUAGUGUUGAAAGAAUUCAACAUUUGAAGCCUGACGUUGCAUUUUUUUAAACUGUUGAUUAACAAGUUGAUCGUUCUAACCCCAAAUUUAGAAAUACUGCUAGCACUUAUGUCUAACCAAAGAAUUUCAUAGUAGGGUUUUAUUUUUAAAACCUUAGUUCCUUUGAAAAGAGCUAUAGCCACUUACAUACUGAGUUCCAGCACUCAGUCUCCAUGUGCAUCACUUGGUCGUUCACUAAGUACAUCUGCAGUUGCGUAAAACUGAAAAUAACUUCCAUAGCCAUGAGUUUUUUAAUUGACGAGAUUGUUUAUCAGUGUGACUAAAGCGAUGAUGCACAUGCGAAAGCUCUGAAUAUUGUCCAGCUGUAGAUAGAUGUAUAAUGGAGUAUUUUUAAGUGGAGAGCAAUGUCCAUGUCUUGUUAGAUGAGCAAUAAGAUAGAGUGAGAGGCCAAUAUACCUGAAGACUGAUUGAAACCUGUUUGUCUUAUGCCUUACUUUGAGAUAAUUUCUUUAUACUGCAAGUGAAAGGAGGUUGAUCACAGCUACUAGGUCUGUGCAUUGUCAUUCUCAAGAAUAAUGACUGUCUUUUUCUAGUUUCUGUUAAGUAACUCUGAAGUAUGUUUUUUAAAAUUUUGUAUAAAAUUUCAGUAAAAGUGUUCGGGUUCGUUCUAGAUAGCUUUCUUUUUUUAAGAAUCUGGUAGCUUAUGAAAUCCAUCAUAGAAGCUAUGAAUAGGGGCAGUUUUGAAUUGAACUUGUGAUUUAGUAUGUAUAUAUAUAUACAGUAUAUAAACAUUUUACAUGAAUCAUUUAGUUUUUUAAUCACUUUAGUGCUACAAAAUUUCAUACCUAGCUGAGCAGUUACGUAUUAUGCUGUGUACAUAAUAUGGUAAUGUUUUAUUGGUUUCUUAUACCUGUUUCUAUGGCAGAAAACUGAAUGCAAAUAUCAGCAUUAGUGUAGAACUGAAAUUGAUUACAUAUUUGCUUGAAUGUGAAUCAUACCUUAACUUGCAGGUGGUUGAAUGCAUCUCUCUUAACAAAAACUGCCUGUAGUUUGAUCAGUGAGUGCUGGCCCAUUUGAUGGCAGAUGACCCAGGAACUCUCAGAAUUUUAAGUAAAAGUUGAUAUAAUAAAAAUGUAAAUAGAUCAUUUAAAAGAAAAAAUCUUUGUGUUUGUGCUAAAAACUCUUUUAAGUGUGAUUAGUAUUAGACAAUGAGGCUGCUCAUUUUAUAUUUAAAAUCUUGGUUUGAAAUGACAGUGCCACAAAUUCAGCAGUCAUUUGAUGACUUGCUGCAGAAAACUCUGUAUGUCUUAAAGGUUAAUUAGCAAUUUCAGUCAAGUUUUCAAAAGGUAAAAUGCCCCAGGCCAAGUCCCUGAGUUUGGAUGAUCUCCUGUGGUGUGCACUCAGAGAAUGGAUGGAUGCAAUAGCUCCUCUAACCCAUUAUUAUACAGAAGGACAACAUCUAAAGGCACACUGCUAGAGCCCCACACAUGGUUUGCAGCUGUUCAUUGUAGAUUUACUUAGAGAUAAAUGCAGUAGCGUUUACAAGAGCUGUUAAACUCAGUCGUUCUUUUAAUUAGAAUUUAAGGUUUUCAGUGAUGCAUAUCGUGAAGGGUGACUGCGGAUGUUUGAUAGGAUGUUUAUAUUUUUAUACAUGUAGAUAACAAACCACUUGCUCAUUCUUAUUUUCACAUGUAUAGCAUUGAAAAUAAAGAUCCUCCUAGGAAAAUGUUGCAAACCAAAUUAAAUUGUUGUUCUUUAAAUAUUAA